AUGGCCACGUGGACGCAGUUUGUCGACCGCUGCUUGCAGAACAGGCUGAGCGCGGACAAGGUGGAGAGGCUUGCCGUCCAGCUGAGCAAGAGGAUCCCCCGUGAUGAAGCCCAGCUCGCCGAGGCUUUGCUGCAGCCCCGGUCCCGGGCAACGGCCUGCUCAGAUCCGCUGAUCCCCGUCUACCUUGAACGCCUCCUGGUGCUGGGUUUCCUCAACCCUCCCGAGAUCCUUCACGCCCUCUUCCGUUACUCUCGGGACUAUGCUGCCGGGGCCGAGCAUUCUUCUCGAAGAGCGCGCCUCCAGCAAUGGCAUAUCACCCCGGACCUGGAGGAGCUGGUCUUUGCCCGCCUGUCCAAGGCAUUCAUUACCGUCGAACGACCUAGUACCUUUGCAGAGGUGCAGAAAACCCUGGCUAUAUUGACCCAGUGGAUGAAUGCUGUCAAUUCAUCCCAAACAGCCGAGUCUGUUAUGCAUUCGCUUGCAGAUGGUACCCAGGAACAGCGCACACAGACUGUGCUGAGUUUGAGUAUGCUCGUCAUUGCCAUGCUGGAGAAUCCCAAGGUUGCAGGCGCGGCUCAGGCAGCAUUACCGAAAGGAAUGCGCAAGUCGCUCUCCGACGCUCUUACCGGCUUUGUACCGCACCUGACACAGGCUUCUCUUCAGUGGGGGGACAGGCUCAGCAUGCUCCAGAAGCAGUAUUCCCUUACCACGGAGAAUGCAAGUGGUGGCAUUAACGAUGGACCCGGAAACCAUGGCCUUGAUGUUUCCGUCCUGCAGCUCGAAACCGUCAUGGACCUCCCUAUCAUCAAUAGCCGUGCCGGCCUCUACGUGUUCAUAAACUCUCUGCUCACUGCUCGUCCAUUGACCGACGACAAUAUGAUCUUGAAUUACCUCCAUGCGCGCUACAAGGUUGACUACCAAUCCAUGGCUGUUGGUCUCAUAACUGCUUCGUUCGAUGUUCUCGCGGCAAAUACGACGUAUCGGAGCGAAUCAAAUGAGGCGAUUUUCAACUUCCGCUCAUUUUUGAUAAACAAAGUUCCCUCACUGGUCGCCAUUCUAGCCGGCUCCAUGUUCCCAACCACCACUCCGGAGCUUUGCAUAACUCAGGCUUUGAACCAUAUCGACCGUAAUGCCUUCCCCUCCUUUUCCCAAACCUUCGACAUGGCACCCGUAAAUAGUCUGCUCUCAGACGUUCGUCAGGAUUUCCUGGUUGCCUGCGCACUGCAUCAACUUGUCCCCGAAUCCAGCAUCGAGCGUCUGCUGGGAGAGACUCCCAUGAGCAGUGUCCCUGUUGGGGGGAAAUACGUCAAAGAGAAUUUGGUAGCACAAUGCUCAACAAACUUUGAGCGCGUCGAAGAACUCCUGAAUGAGAUUGAGGGCAUGGACGGCAACGCGGGCGCCAUAGUGGGGGCCAUGACCGACAUUAUUCGGAACCUGUGCGCUACCAGGGAGACAAUGUCGCUCAAAACAAUUUGCAAUACCCUCUCACGGAAGCCGCGAUCUCUUGAUGUUAUGCUGCAAUAUACGUCACCGGCGAGCAUUUUGCAACCUCUGUGCCAACUCCUGGACUCGUGGAAAAAUGAUGAAGACCAGAGCGAGUACCAGCCGGUAUAUGAUGAAUUUGGCUCCGUGUUGCUGCUCGUGCAGGCUUUCAUGCACCGACAUGAUCUUAAAUCAUCUGACCUUGGCUUAGAGGAUGCCUCUUUCGUCAUCCAAUUAACAGAAAGGGGACAUAAAAGCCUUGACGCAGAUGAACUCACCGAAGACCAGAACAAAUACCUGGCUGGCUGGCUCCGUGGAUUGUACGACCCGGAAGGCAUCAGUGACGAGCUCCUGUCAAACUGCAAGCCUCAGGACUUUUACCUGCUUGUCCCCACGAUAUUCAGCCAGACAAUAUUCGCAUGCUCCGCCGAUGUGCUUCCUCUCGACACCGUCAAAGCCGGCCUAGAAUUCCUUUUAGAGACAUUCCUCUUGCCUUCGCUGGUCGGCGCUGUAAUGUGGAUCACAUCACAUGCUCUGGAACAGAAUGUCCACGACCUUGAUAUUACCAUGCAGAUUCUCACAAGGCUCAUUCGUCCCACGUCCAUAUCAGGAGAGGCGCAAGCCAUGCACAGCACAAUUGUUUCCAUGGUUUCUCGGAGGCUUGAGCGCUGUCUGAAAAGCAUCCAACACCGCGAGCCGUCCCGGACAGACGUUAACCCGUUAUUGGAAUCAUUGCGUCCGUAUCACGAUUACGAGCGAACGCCCUGGAGCUCUUCUGCGGAACUCGAACCAUGGAUGUCUAACCCAGGAGCUUCUUUCCGCUCAGCGAUCAAGUUCACAAUGCAACACCUUACCAGCUGGAACUCCACCGCCGACCUCACACCAACGCCGCCAGCGUACACGCACCGUCAGAUAUUCAGUGCCCUGCAGAUUGUUGGGGCGCAGAAGGUCCUUCGUGCCAUCCUUGAGGAGCUCAAGAACCAGACCGUGGCGGGAGCUGGUGCUGUUGCGAUAGACAUCGCGGUCAAUAUCGUCUGCGCGCCGCUUCACGUCAACAGCUGCACUCCAGUCUCCUGGCUCAACUCUCAAGUGCCUGCUCAUAACCCACAGAGGAACGGGUCUUUCAGUCUGCGUGAGAUGCUCAAAAACGAACUGGAUGAUCCGGCCUCCCUAAUCCAGGCGGAUGCUGGGCUUGCUGAAGCAGCAAUUCGCCUCCACCGCCGGGUAGAGGCCCAGCUUGCUGAGGCGGCGGCGGCCGGCGUCCAUCUCCCUACAUCCGCCGGCGCUGCUGCGGAUGCUGCGGCCCUCGAUGGCAACCUCAUGCAAGGCAUUGAAAUUGGUGACGUAAGCGUUGACAUUUCGGCCGCAGGAGCGGCUGCUGUUGCGUCUACCGCAGGCGGCGCGACGGGCGCCAACACGUCCACGGCAACAAUGGACCAGAAUGGAUUAGACAUUACCGCUGACCUUGGUGCGGCGGAUGGCACUGCACCGAGUCUGGAUGACUUGGGUCUCGGUGGCGAUGGCGGCAUGGACGGCGUGUUAGAUGCAGCCGGCACGGGAACGGCGGACGACGAUGUCUUUUCAGGGCUUAUGGGGUUUGACGACGAUUUGAACUUUUGA